AGUCUGUAUAAACGCGCCAACGAAGAAGCAAAGAAGAAAGGCUACGACUUGCGAAGUGAUGCCAUACCGAUUGUGGCAGCCAAGGCCUCCAGGGACAUCAUCAGUGAUUACAAAUACAAAGAUGGUUACCGCAAGCAGCUUGGCCAUCACAUUGGAGCCCGGGACAUCAAAGAUGACCCGAAGAUGAUGUGGUCCAUGCAUGUGGCCAAGAUCCAGAGUGACAGGGAAUACAAGAAGGAUUUUGAGAAGUGGAAGACCAAGUUCAGCAGCCCAGUGGACAUGCUGGGGAUGGUGCAGGCCAAGAAGUGCCAGGCCUUGGUCAGUGACGCGGACUACAAGAACUACCUGCACCAGUGGACCUGCCUGCCUGACCAGACUGACGUCACCCAUGCUCGACAAGCCUAUGACCUCCAGAGUGAUAAUUUGUACAAGGCCGACCUUCAGUGGCUCAAAGGCACUGGCUGGUUUCCUACUGGCUCUCUUGAGGAUGAGAGGAACAAGAGAGCUACCCAGAUUUUGAGUGACCACGUUUACCGCCAGCACCCAGAUAAAUUCACAUUUUCCAGCCUUAUGGAUUCCAUCCCAAUGGUUUUGGCAAAAAACAACGCUAUUACCAUGAACCACCAUCUCUAUACAGAAGCUUGGGAUAAAGAUAAAACCACUGUCCACAUUAUGCCAGACACCCCUGAAGUUUUACUUGCUAAACAAAACACAAUAAAUUACAGUGAGAAACACUAUAAACUUGGCCUAGAAGAAGCCAAGAAGAAAGGCUAUGAUAUGCGGAUAGAUGCCAUUCCCAUCAGGAUGGCCAAGGCCUCCAGAGACAUUGCAAGUGAAAAUAUGUACAAGGCAGAUCUCCAAUGGCUGAGAGGCAUCGGCUGGGUUCCCAUUGGCUCUUUGGAUGUGGAACAAUGCAAAAGGGCAACUGAAAUUUUGAGUGAUAAAAUCUAUCGCCAGCCUCCAGACAAAUUCAGGUUUACCAGCGUGACUGAUUCUCUGGAACAAGUGUUGGCCAAGAACAACGCCAUCACUAUGAACAAGCGUUUAUACACGGAAGCCUGGGACAAAGACAAGACCCAGAUCCACAUCGCACCAGAUACACCAGAAAUUACGCAGGCAAGAGUGAACAAAAUCAACUACAGUCAG